UGCUCGUAUAAUCUCGCAUCCGUGAAUUUUCAAAAAAAAAAAAAAAAAACGACACGACUAUCAAAGGACAACAGGAACUAGAAUCACGCGUUUUCUCGCUCUGCGCACAGCACAGCUGAUCGUGGUCUGUUGUAUUGUCUAAGUAGGUGGUACAGUGCAGUACAGUGAUUUCAAACACAAAGACAUGUCUCAGAGAUCAGGUUCGAUAGAUAUCCUUGAUUUACAGGAUACACAGACACCUUUUGGUGUCCGUCUGGCAGGCAUUUAUAAACGGAGUUUUGCUUAUAUAACAAUCAAGGACAGAUUACCUGUAAUUUUGACUAAAAUAAUUGACACUUUAAGUCGUAAUAAGGAAAAUAUUACACAUAUAUAUGGAGAGAAUGCAGCAGAAGAAAUUAAACAAAUUGUAGGAUUUAUUAGUAAAUUAAAGAAUGAAAUAGUUACUAAUAAAACCUUAAAGCCUAUGAGAUUGAUACCUAAUACAACAAAUAAUGAUGCUAAUGAAUGGAAUAAAUAUUUAAUGGCAAGGACUGAGAUAGAAGGCAAUACACCAACAUGGUUUAACACUAUCUGGUUAUACUGUGAAUGUUACAUGUAUCGGGUUCUUGCACAAGAAUUAGCUCUCAUGAGAUACCUGUGUAACUAUGAUCCUUUUGAACAACAAAAGGAGAGUGCAUUUACUAACUCAUUAAUUAGUAUAAUAGCUCUUUGCACUUAUACAAUGAAGUUCACAGAAAGAAUAGAGCCUUUGUCCAUAGUUGAAAUGAGAGAAGAACUUUUUAAAUUCCUCCAACUAAAUCUUUGGGGCAACAAAUGUGAUUUAUCGCUCAGUGCUGGAACAGAAGUUAGUCAGAGCAGUAAUCCCAUAGAAAUUCUAAAAUCAGUACAAACGGACAUUCUUGUUAAUAACUCAGAAUGUAUUUGGAAUUUAUUAAGGAAAAACGAAACUAAUAAUUCAGACAUUAUAGACAUGGUACUUGAUAAUGCAGGAUAUGAAUUUUUUACUGACUUAUGUUUAGGAGUGUUUUUGAUUACUAACAAACUUGCUGGAAGAAUAAGGUUUUAUGUAAAACAGUAUCCGUGGUAUGUGAGUGAUACAAUGAAAAAGGACUUUCAUUGGACUCUAGACUACAUGAACAAUUCGUCAAGUAAAGAUUUACAAAAAUUAGCUAAACUGGCAAACAAUUAUUUGAAGAAUAAUGUAUGGACUAUUGAGGAAGAAUCCUAUUGGACAGGGCCAUAUGAUUUUGCAGAAAUGAAAAAACAUGAUGAAGUGUUGUAUGCAAAAUUAUCAGAAGCUAAACUAAUCAUAUUUAAAGGUGACUUAAAUUAUAGGAAGUUAGUAGGUGACAUAAAUUGGGAAUAUACAACAGCAUUUACUCAAGCAUUAAGAGGAUUUCAACCAUCACAUGUACUUAGUUUAAGGACAGUGAAAUCAGAUGUCUGUGUUGGUUUACAAUCGGGUAUAUCAGAUGAAUUAUUUAAAAAAGAUGAAAGUUGGAUGUUUACAGGACAAUAUGGACUCAUUCAAACAACUAUUGCUGGAACUUGUCAAUGUUCUGAUAGAACUUGUUAAAGUAGUGAAAAUUAAAAAACGAACAUAUUGUAAUAUAAAUACAUUCUUAUGGUAUUGCACAUA